UUAAAAACAGAGUGUGUCAUAGAAAACCUAAUAAAAACACCUUUAGGGGGAAUCGGCAGAUAAAUGCAAAAUAUGCCUGUUUUGGAGCACAUUGAUGCAAUGUCCACGUCACCGACUCCACCAGCUGGAAACCCCGCGGCGCCGGCAGACGCCGAGGCCCCGCCCCAGGCGGCCCGAGAACUGACGCAGACAGAUCAUCUGAAUAGGCGCCUGCUUAAGUCGCUCCUGGUCAACAUGCAAAAUGCCACCGGUGGAGUUUCGUCCGACAACGAGGACGGUUCCAACGAAGAGUCGAACAACGAAUUCGAAGAAUAAAUCCGUUUAUUUAUGUACAGUAAAGCUAG